AUGACGAGAAUCAAGAUGCCAACCUCCAAGUAUGAUGGCACUUCGGAUCCAGAUGACCACGUGGCUGCUUACGAAGGUCACAUGUUCCUUUACACUGAUGUAGACGCCAUAUGGUGCAAGGUCUUCCCGUCCACAUUGACAGGCAUAGCCCAGACUUGGUUCAAAAGUCUAAAGCCAGGUAGCAUCUCUAGCUUCUCCCAGUUGUCGUCCACAUUCAGUACUCACUUUGUCAGUAAUAGGCGCCGCGAGCGUACUACGGGAGAAUUAUUGUCUGUCAAGCAGGGGGCAAAUGAAAGUUUAAGGGACUAUAUCGGUCGCUUUAAUGUUGAAGCCGUUUCAAUUCCACGCUUACAGCAAGAUGUAGCGGUGCUAGCCUUGAUGACUGGCCUCAAGGAGGGGUCACCAUUUCGAAAUUAUCUGGGUCGUAAAUCUUACACCACUCUGGGUCCCGUCCUGGGUAAAGCAAAUGAUUAUAUCAGAGGGGAAGAGUUUGACAAAGCUGUGGGUAACCGUGAAUCUGAGAAGAAAGAGGAUAAGCAAAAGAAAGAUAAGGGCCGUGAAUCUGAUCGCGCCCGAGAUGAUAGACGACAAGAGUCGCAUAUGGUAAAAAGAGGAGAUGAACGAGAAAGGGAUGGCGAAAGGUAUGACCGCGAUCGUAGGGAUCGUGAGAGGAAUGUUCGGGAAGGAGGUGAGCGCAGAGACAGAUUUGACGCGUACACCCAGCUGACUACCUCAAGAAGUCAGAUCUUUUUGAAGAACAAGGAUAGCGACAAAUGGCAGCGUCCUAAACCUAUGUUCCACAAAAAUCGUGAUAAAAGCAAAUGGUGUGAUUUCCAUGGGGAUCACGGCCAUGUCACGGAAGAUUGUCGUCACUUGAAAGAUAAUCUAGAAGAUUUGUUGAGAAGGGGCUAUUUCAGCCAAUAUAAAGCACAGACGAAAGAAGGAGAUCUGGUGAAACCAGUCAACAAAAACGUUCAAUCAAGGAUAAGUGAAAUUCACGUCAUCAGUGGCGGACCUAUUCAUGGAGGUAGUGUGAAUGGAGCCAAAGCCAGCCUGAAGGAAUUCAGGCACCAAGUCAAUUUCAAUGAGAGCAUGAAGUGGAGGCAUCCGCCAGCCAUGCCGGCAAUGACUUUCACACUGAAGGACGCAGAGCAUGUGGUCUUCCCUCACGAUGACCCAUUGGUGGUCACUCUGAGAAUUUCGAAUUGUUUGGUCCAUAGGAUCCUGGUAGACGGUGGAAGCUCAGCUAACAUCCUGUAUCUCUCAACGUUCGAAAAAUUGAUGAUAGGACGAGAAUACUUGAAGCCAGUCCGAUAUCCUGUGAUUGGAUUCACCGGGGCGUCUGUAACUCCAGAGGGUUUGGUGAGCCUCCCGGUCCGGAUAGGAGACGGCAAUGAAGUCCGGGAUAUCAUGACUGAAUUUCUGGUGGUAGACGUUCCUGGGGCCUACAACGCCAUAGUGGGACGCCCUCUGAUACAUGAUGUCCAAGGUGUCGUUUCCACUUAUCAUCUGACAAUGCUGUAUGUCACUAAUGAAGGGAUGACAGCUAAGCUGAGAGGGAACCAGGAGGCAGCAAAUCAUGCUACUUGA